AAAGUUGACUGAAGGCAGCACUCAGGUAAGCAGCUUUCCCGAGUUGAAGUUCAUACCGUGGUGAAUCAUCUCAAAGAUGCCGCUUGCUUUGACUUUCCCAAGCUCUGCAGGGGUAUGUAUGUUACUGAUGGUGUCAAAUCUGCUGCUUUGGGAGCAUGUGGCCUCCAAACCAACUGGCUUUGUGUCCACUGAAGACCUGUAUGACCGAGUGGUUGAUCAGUCUCAUACUACGUAUUUCCUGGCUGCAGAUUUAUACCAUGAAUUUGACAUGAAAUAUUUCAGGAGCAGUUGGUACAAGACCAGAAUGCCCAGCCUAUGCCACACUGCUUCCAUCCACACUCCACAGUCUCGUGAUGAAGCCCAUGAAACAAAAACUGAAGACCUUCUCAAAACAAUGAUCAAUAUUUCCCAUGCCUGGGAAGAACCGCUGAAACACCUGGUUUCUGCAGUGCCCACCCUCCCUGAAGCUUCUGAUAAAAUGCUGAAAACAGCCAAUGCUGUGAAGGACAAAACCCAUGUGCUUCUGGAAGGAAUGAAGACCAUACUCAGUAGGAGCCAACAUGAAGUUGAAAAAGAUUCGUACCCUGUCUGGUCUGGACUGGCAGACUUGCAAUCAUCUGAUGAAGACACUCACCUUUUUGCCUUUUAUAGCCUGGUCCGCUGCCUGAGAAGGGACACUCAUAAAAUUGACGCUUUCCUCAAGCUCCUGAGGUGCCGAGAGGUCUUUAAAAAUGAGUGUUUUUAAGAAUGAGUGCAGACUGCACAACCCUGCAAUGUCCUGCUGACAUGAGGCUUUUUGAACAAGAACUGUAGUGCUUUUAUUUCAUCUCAGUGCAUCCAUGGCUAUAAUGGAUCUCUUUUAUACAAUAAAAUCUAAUUCUUUAGAAACAACAGAUUUAACAUGAAA